AUGCUCUCUUUUUUCACUAACCAGAUCGACCGGCAAAAAGAUGUCUCUCAUGAAGAACAUACCCUAAACGAACUCGAAAAAUCCGAGGGUUCACAUUUCCCUGGCGAUGACUACCGUCCGUCCGAUCGGAAAAACUGGAUGGCCGGUCUCGAGGUGGAGAAGCUAACCCUGAACAAGAUCGUGUGGCCAGGAACACACGACUCAGCCACAAACGAAAUCGGAAUACCUUUGAUCUCUCGUCCCUUAGCUGAAUGCCAAACGCUCUCCAUCUACGAGCAGCUAGUCCUCGGGACACGUGUCCUCGAUAUCCGUGUCCAGGAGGAUCGCCAAAUCUGCCACGGGAUUCUGACGUCAUACGACGUCGAUGUCGUCAUCGAGGACGUCAUCAGGUUCUUGUCGGAGACUCACUCGGAGAUCAUAAUCCUGGAGAUAAGGACGGAGUACGGGCACAAAGACCCUCCGGAGUUCGAGACUUACUUGACUGACAAGUUAGGUGAGUUCUUGAUACAGCAAGACGAUAACUUGUUCUGCAAGACUGUAUCGGAGAUCUUGCCCAAAAGGGUUAUUUGCAUCUGGAAGCCGAGAGAGUCUCCUAAACCGAGCCGCGGUGGACUUCUAUGGAACUCAGAUUAUCUAAAAGAUAACUGGAUCGACACUGAUCUUCCAUGGACGAAGUUUCAGAGCAAUUUGAAGCAUUUGAGCGAGCAGCAACCGAUAUCUUCUAGGAAAUUAUUUUACCGUGUUGAGAAUACGGUUACGCCGCAAGCAGAUAACCCGAUUGUGUGGGUUAAACCGGUGACUGAUCGGAUCCGGAAACACGCGAGGCUUUUUAUAUCUCAGUGUGUUUCCAAAGGAUGUGGAGAUAAGUUGCAGAUUCUGUCGACAGAUCUCAUCGAAGAAGAUUUCGUCGAUGCCUGUGUUGGACUUACUCACGCAAGAAUUGAAGGGAAGGUUUGA